GCCAGACACCCAUACACAAGUAUACCAUUACCGCGGUCGACAACCAUUCCGCCACCUCCGUCACUCACCAAUCAACGACACCGCCACCUUUACCACUCACCGAUCUUCAACACCGCUACCUCCACCACUCGACAGUCSCAACUCACRACUACCGCUGUCCGCUCUAGUUGUGUACGUCCGACGUCGUACGGUACUAUAUUGUAUCGUUUUACAUUUUUCUACAUUGUUUCACUGUUCAAGCUGCAGUUGUGUUCGUGGUGUCCGCGGCCGCGUUCCAAAUUUAACUCCGCGCGCACGCACGCACGCCGCACGGCAUAUCGCUAAAACAAUAACAACAAAAGACAACGGGUCUAUGACGACGGCUGACAAAUUAUUUUGUAAAUUACAUUUUUGAUAAUAAUAUUUAAUAAUAUGCCGCGGAAGCCUAUUCGAGUAUAAUUUAACAACCUACAUUACAAUGUYCCGUGUUGUCCGUGGUUCGUGACUUAAUUAAUAUUUUUCGCCAAUCCUCCGGUGGUCUCCGCGUUUGGGAUUCGUUUGGUUUUGACAGAAAUAUUAUAUGAUAAGCAACAAWAAACCCAUGACUCGUGUGAAAAUCGUUAUUCGGUAUUCGGACGACUUUUCCGUCGUCGAGUUUUYGUCAUGAUGACAGGUGGACGCGAAUACCGAGUGCCGAGUGUCAUCGGUCGGAUUGCUUAAGUGGUACACUGGUACGGAGCGGAAGAGAUUGAGACGAUUUCCGUCRUUCUGUGUAUAGUUUUACUAAGGAUUCGUUUCCGAUUCGUCGAAGACAGAGUGACGGGAUGGACAUCGAUGAGCAUCAGAUGCGGACCGACGACGUCUUAGCCUCCGCAAAUCACAUCUACCGUUCUGCGAUCAUAAUAUAGCCCGAAUACAAAGUCCCACGCAAGACUUCACUGCUAAUUAAACCAAAAUGUCUUCUCAAGUAGAUUAUCAAUGGGCAUAUACAAUAAUGGAUUCAUCUCGGGUCUCCACAUUUUUGAUAUCUAUUCUGUUAAUUGUUUAUGGCAGUUUCAGAUCUUUAAAUAUGGAACAGGAAGCCAGAGAAAGAGAAAAGGAAAAAUCUAAGAGCUCCAAUGGAAGCUCUGUAUGCUUGACAGAUAUUAGUAAGCGAAAACAAGAUGUUCAAACACUGGAUACUAUGCAAGCUCUGUGUUUGCCUCUGGGAGCUUCAAUAUCACUGUUAGUCAUGUUUUUCUUUUUUGAUUCUAUGCAAAUGUUAUUCGCAAUAUGCACUGCAAUUAUAGCUACUGUUGCGUUGGCAUUUCUCCUACUGCCCAUGUGCCAGUACAUUAUUAAUCCUUGCUCUGAUGGAAAUAAGAUCUCUUUUGGUAUAUGUGGUCGUUUUACUAUGGCUGAGCUGCUGUCUUUUUCAAUGGCAUUGUUUAUAGUUUGUAUUUGGAUACUGACUGGACAUUGGUUGUUAAUGGACGCAAUGGGAAUGGGACUCUGUGUAGCAUUUAUUGCCUUUGUCCGACUUCCUAGUCUUAAAGUGUCCACUCUUCUGUUGACUGGCCUUUUGAUCUAUGAUGUUUUCUGGGUGUUUUUCUCGUCAUACAUAUUUAACACCAACGUUAUGGUCAAGGUGGCAACAAGGUCAGCAGAAAAUCCUGUCGGAGUAGUGGCUCGAAAGUUACACAUUGGCGGAGUUGCCAAAGAAGCACCAAGGUUAUCUCUUCCUGGAAAAUUAGUAUUUCCUAGUAUUCAUAAUGGGCGAUUUUCAAUGCUUGGGCUUGGGGAUAUUGUCAUGCCCGGCCUACUACUGUGUUUCGUGAUGCGGUAUGAUGCGUACAAGAAAUCUCAGCUCCUACAUUUUGGGGAGACUGGCGUWCCACCUCCUAGACAUCUUGGCAGAAUAAGUUACUUCCACUGUUCAUUAAUUGGAUACUUUCUGGGCCUAGUUACUGCUACAGUGUCUUCAGAAAUUUUUAAAGCGGCCCAACCAGCUUUACUCUAUCUAGUUCCAUUUACACUGUUGCCUCUUCUGACCAUGGCUUAUUUAAAGGGWSAUUUAAGGAGAAUGUGGAGUGAACCAUUUAUAAUACAACAGCCUUCCAAACAUAUGGAUGUAUAGUCUGCGGUAGCAUUUAUUACAUUAAUGUAUAUUUAUUUUUAGAACCAUUUUUGUACAAUUUCCUCUUUUAAUUAUUUUAUGUAAUAGAUCUACAUACGAUUUGCCCUUUCUACCUGAAGGAAUAUUAAGGAUAAACAAUAAUAGGUCUUAUGUUUUUUGAAAAUCAASGUAUACUUUUACAAAUUAUUUCUUCUCCAAAAUAUGAUUUUUUUAUCGAUUGUUUGUAAAAUUUCAUCUCCUUAAGUUUCCAUUUAUGCUCUAAUCGAUGUCACACAAUAUGCUGAUCAAAUAUACAUAAUAUAAUGUUUAUACAUUUAAAUUUUUCAUACUAUAUAAACUUUUCGUUCGGAUGGACUUGUCUUGUUAGUUUUAAAUAAUGGAGGUGGCCAAGUGUUAAAACAUUAAAAUAAAUCUCUAAUUAUUAUUACUGCCCUUCAAAGUAUCAACUAUUUAUAUCCACUGCUUAAAAAAUAUACAUAUUUUGAUUGUUCAGAAAAUUGCUAGAUCUGUUUAUUAUAUUUAUUAUUAAAUUUUCUAAUCAUAAUAUUUAAUUAAAAAUGCG